AUGGUCUCAUCCCCCCUGCCCUCCAUCGUCAUCAUUCCCAAGAAGUGUCCCUUGGUCUCAGCACCUUCGUGGUGGAGCUCCACAACGUCAACAAAAGCCAUGAAGAUACUCUUCCUGCUUCUUCUUCUCCUCCCCGUGGUGUCCCAGGCUGCUGCGGUGUCAGACACUGUGACGUGUCGGAAGACCAAGGGCAAGUGUUCAUUCCUACUCUGUCCCUUGUUUAAGAAAGCCACUGGUACCUGCUACAAUGGACUGGCAAAGUGCUGCAGGCCUUUAUGGUGA